AUGACACUUCCUACACUCCCAGAAGAACUUAAAUUUAUCAAUGGUUUCCUUCAAAGAGCCCAAGAAUUACGAAACAGAGAACCGGUUAUAGCUUAUUAUUGUAAUUUUUAUUCAGUAAAACUCGCUCUCGAAAAAGGAACAAAGAGUAAAGAAAGUAAAGCGUUUCUUGCCAAAUUAUUGGAUGUCCUUGAAGAGGAAAAAAAAGCACUUCAUGACAAUGAGGCCGUCACAGAUGAUGUUGUUGGUGAAGCGUCUGUGGAGAAUUUUGGCAUAAAGAUCGAAGAAAAAAUCAGAUAUGCAAAAUGGAAAGCGACUGAUAUAGUAAAAGCGUUGAAAGAAGGUCAAACACCGGUGCCUGGUCCUCCUGGAGGUGAACCGGCUUUACAAUCACCACUGAAAGAAGAAGAAGACUACGCUGUUAAUCCACCUGAUAACGUCCCUAGUAUUGACCAAUUUCCUUCGGCACCUUUGGCGGUUGACUCACCAUCGGUAUCUCAUAUGGAAGAAAAUGGUCUACAAUUAAUACCUGGAUUUACUAAUGACUCCUUACCUCAUCAGCCUCCUUCAUCAUUCUCUAAUAAUCCCCCUUCAUCAUUCCCUAAUAAUCCCCCUUCAUCAUUCCCUAAUAAUCCUCCUUCAUCACUCCCUAAUAAUCCUCCACCUCCACCUCCACUUCCAUCAUUGAUACCUGGGCUUACUAAUGACCCUUUACGUCAUCAGAUUCCUUCUUCAUUCCCUAGUAACCCUCCUCCGCUUCCCCCAUCAAUACCUGGGUUUACUAAUGACACCUUACGUCAUCAGCCACCUUCCUCAUUUCCUAGUAACCCUCCACUUUCCCAAAAUUACGUCCAGCCUUAUAGCUCACCAAUUUACCAACCAACGACUCCAAGUUCAUUGCCCGCUAAUCAACAUCCAAGUUCAUUGCCUACUAAUCAACAUCCGAGUUCGUUGCCCAUUAAUCAGCAGCAUGUUCGCCCUUAUACACAAUUCUCGCAUCAUUCAGUUGAAAUCGAUCCUAAUAUUGUAGCUUCAGCUCAGAAACAUUGCAAAUGGGCCAUUAGUGCGUUAAAUUAUAACGAUGUAAAAACUGCCGUUGAAAAUAUGCAUAAAGCAUUGGCAAUGUUGGAACCUUAUAAUCACAAAUAA